AUCAAUAAAGCAAAGCAAAGCAAGUUGCAACAAGUUGUGCAACCCAGUUUAAUCACAAUCAUAUUAUGGGAGACGGGUAUAUUUCCACUGGAUAUCGAAAAAAGAAAGCAGGUGCCAGAUAACCGUUACAAAGCACCCACAGAUAUCGAUCACAAUGAUAUCGACUAUGAUGAUUAUGAGAUUGAUGAAAGUUUGGAUCCUAUUAACAAAACAGAACCAGAUCAAGUUUCUAACUGUGCAAAAAUGUCCUGA